CCUUCACUUGCCCCCAAAAAACACACUCGUAUAUCCACCACCUCCUCCUCCUCCUUGCAUGUCUGAUCGAAAGGGAGAGAGGGAAGCUGAUGAAGAAGUAAACGAGAAUAGGGCAGCAGCAGGGAGGGGGGUCUUAUUUUCUUAUGAGCGGAAAAGGCGUCACACCGGGCGCAGAGCGCAGCGCGGAGGACGUAAGAGAGGGAGACGCAUCACGGCGAGGGAGAUAGAAACAGACAGAGGGAGGAGGCGACAGCGGAUCGUAAACACGACAGAAAACGGCGAGUAGGCUAGGACGGGCAGAAAGCGGCGAUCACCCUCUCCACCGCCGACCCCCGUGUCCCUCCUCAUAUCUCCAUCCCUUUUCUGCGCCGUUUGACUCAUCCCUUCGCGCACUCAAAGCAGCCCGGAUUUUUUUUCUUCUUGAUUUUAAUCUUUUUUUUCUGGACAAACCUCUGCUCGGUCUAUCGUAGAAUUAAAAAAAAAAAAAAAAAAAAAACCCGAGGCAAGUGAGGAGGCUGUGCCAUACGAUACGACCGACGGGAUCCACUGUAGGUCCUGCUCGGGACGGUCAUCGGCACUACCAAUUCGGUGGAUAAAACCGGAGGUGGUGGGGGGGGUAUGGAGGGGUAGAUGACUGUCGAGUAACCCGGCUGAAGCACACCGAAAGAGAGAGAUAGAGAGAGAGAGAGAGAGAGAGAGAGAGAGAGAGACCCCGGCCCCCGGUUAUCACGGAGACUCCAGCAUCAUCAGUGCGAUGGCAUAGCGGCUUCUGCAGCAAAGCUACCAGACAGACUCAGAUCAGCAGGGCUCUCAUCCACCAUGAACCUCUGAAAGACAUCCGACACAGGCACAGAUGGGCAGCCUCGCAGGGGAGAGGAAGGUUGCAACAAUAGACUGGCAACGACUGGUGACAUGAGCACAUUGGAAUAAUUUCUACAAUCAUGUCUUGGCUUAGAGGUACCUGGGCCUCCAUGAAUCCACAGCAAGCACGAUGCCUGCGGUUGCUCUGUUUGAUGAAAAUGCGGCGGCACAGGGUGUUCUUGUUCUGCACAGUGGGCCUGUGCGUCAUCUCCUUCCUCCACUACUACAAGGCCCUCCACUACGUCUCCCUGCUGCGCGAGCUCUCCGCCCCGUACCCCAACAUCAAGUCCUUCAUCAUGGUCACUGGCUUCUUCUGGAGGGAGAAAGGUGCAGGCACCACCCCGCUAAGCCCCGCCUCCCCUGAAGAGGCCCCUCCCUUACCUGUUCUCCGUCCGUCAGACCCCAAAGCUAGAGCCGUGGUGGGCGCUGGGGAAGGUGGAGGGGGAGGAGGAGGAGGGAUGGGCCUGGGGAUUGGGGGAAUCGUGGUUGGAGGUGCUGGGAUUGUUGGCAACGCGGGCCUGGAGAUGAAUAUAAGAGGGGAACCAGCGCCCCCUCACCCUUGGGAGAAACAGGUGGAGCACCAGAGGGGAGACACUCUGAAUGAGGAGAGAGCUGAAGACCACUUGAAGCAGCGAAAUCCUAACCACCUAGCCCAUGCCGGGCCCAACCUCCCAGAGGUCCCAUUAGUGGGAAAAGAGCACCGGUACAUGUUGCACAAGAUUGUAUUGCCUGAUCCCUCAGAAAAAAUGGGUGACCUUCACACUGUCACUCACAAGCUUCAAGAUGACAAAACACCUUACUUUAUCCAAACCAAAGUUGGAGCUCGUUGUUUUAGGCAGGGGACUGAGGUGGCUACCCAAAAGGAGUACUCUGGGAAAUCAGGGGGGUCUGUGGCUAAUGGAAUAGGGAACGGUGCUCGAGCAGCUGGGCAAAGGAAACCUCUGGAGGUCCAGCAGCAGCCCUCCAUAGCUCCAAAAGCCAAGACCAAGGCCAGGGGCAACGGGAAGCGGCUGGUAAAGUGUGUAUGUCGGCCAGGAUGGCAUGGACCUUACUGUGGGGUUCCCACCAUGGUGUAUCACUCCAAUUUGCCCACCAAGGAGCGGCUGACGCCCAGAGACACCCCGCGGAGGGUGAUCAACGCCAUCAACGUUAACCACGAGUUUGACCUGCUGCAUGUACGCUUUCAUGAGCUUGCCCAAGCAGUUGAUCUUUUCCUCGUCUGUGAAUCCAACUUUACUGCCUAUGGAGAGAGACGACCUCUGAGUUUCCUGCGGCUCCUUCUCAAUGGUACGUACGACUACAUACGUCACAAGAUCCUGUACGUGUUCCUCGAUCACUUCCCAGAGGGCGGUCGGCAGGAUGGCUGGAUCGCCGAUGACUACUUGCGUACCUACCUGACACGCAAUGGCUUGUCCAGGGUGGUGGGCAUAAGAUCGGACGACGUCUUCGUCAUCAACGAUGCGGAUGAAAUCCCAGCACAUGAGGGCCUCCUUUUCCUCAAGCUGUUUGAUGGCUGGACGGAGCCUUUCGCCAUCCACAUGCGCAAGUCCCUGUAUGGUUUUUUCUGGAAGCAGUUUGGCUCUCUAGAGGUAGUAUCAGGCUGCACAUUGGGGAUGCUCCGCGACGUCUAUGAUGGCGACGGCAUCAAGCUCCGCCGACGCGAAUACUACACCAUGCCGGGUUUCCGCAAGUACGAGAACGACACAGGCCACAUCCUGGUGCAGUGGUCAGUGGGCAGCCCCUUCCACUUUGCCGGGUGGCACUGCUCCUGGUGCUUCACGCCCGAGGGGAUCUACUUCAAGCUGGUGUCAGCUCAGAACGGAGACUUCCCGCGGUGGGGUGACUAUGAGGACAAGCGUGACCUUAACUACAUCCGCGAUCUGAUCCGGACGGGGGGCUGGUUUGAUGGCUCACUGCAGGAAUACCCCCCUGUGGACCCCAAAGAGCACAUGUACGCCCCCAAGUACAUGCUGGAGCACUAUAAAAGGUACCACUACCUACUGGAGAACCCUUACAAUAAAAAAUUCCAGACUGAGUGAGGGUUAGAAGUUCAGCGAGGAAAAGAUCUGCGAAAUAACUAAUAGGACCCAAAUAUGGCCUCAGCAUUGGGUAUUGGGGGGCAGAACGGUGUUGAUGAACAACAUUUCUCAUUGGAGCGAUACUACAUGUAUCUCCAGGCAGCACUGAUGUUGCAGGGACUCAAAAUCUCUUAAAGUCAUUAUUUUGGGGUCAAAAAAGGGAACACUGACUCGCAUCCACCAUGGAUUUACGUCCAGAUCAUUGAGAGGUUACAAACACUGGAUAAACAAAAUCAUGCAUUUUCUCAUUCCUCCCUUUUUGGGGCAGGAGCGAAGCUAUCUCUCUUUUUGUCCCCCCCCCCCCCCCGCCCUGUCUUCUCUUUCUUGACCCGAGCCGAUUCGGCACAGCUGCCGUCUGAAAGAAAUGGACCACCGCAAAGUAAAGCGAGGGAUAUUUUUCUGUCUGUGUUUACGGACCGGCUGACGUUCCCACUUCACUCUCCCGCUUCGGAUGUCUUCCUGUCAUAUUUGGUGACCUCCUUCCAGAAACAGAUACACAUUCAGAUAUUACGUUAUUCUUGGGUCUUAGUAGAAAAGUAUGAAUCCCAUCAAACCCCGCUGGAUUACCCACUGCCAAAUCAAAAGGAAUGACUCGAUGGCGAUGCCUCAGCUCGUUCAUGUGCUCACACUCAUCCACAUGCACCUUAGACCUGUCUGUGUGAAAAAAAGUGUGUGUGUGUGUGUGUGUGGGUGUGUGUGUGUGUGUGUGUGUGUGUGUGUGUGUAAGCUCAUAAGCACUGUCUCAGCCUACUACUAGAAUAGACUUCCACUCCACCUGACAGAUCUUUUACCUCCUUCGAUGCCGUAAAGGGGAGUUAACACUGUGGCGGCCAUCUUGUUUGCUUUCUGUAACUGCUAUGUUGUGUUGAUGACAUCAUCUUUUUCUUGUGACCUUAACAGCAUCACAUAACCACUUAAAUUGAUGAGUUGCUUUUUUGUUUUGAAUAUGUUUUAUGUUGUUAUUUUUUGAGGGUUUUAUCAUAACUCAUUCCCAUAUCCUUCACAAAGGGCUCUACACAGAUAACUAGAGCACACAUAUACACAUAGGCCUUCCUACCUACAUCCAUACACACACACACACACACACAUACAUACACAUACACACACACACACACACACGCACACACACACACACACACACACAGUACAGCCUCUGUUUUCUACUGUGGUCUGAUUGUGGCCGUGUCCUCUGCUGGUAAAACAGUCAGACUACUGUAGCUGCUCUGUUUGUGCCCUCACUGUUAUGUGAUCGCUAUGAAGGCUCGCCAUUGUGUGUCCAAAAAACAUUUUUGUCGUCGCUCAGCCAUGCAGAACCGGUUCGGGCCAGAGCCCCGGCCUGAGAGGAACCCAGGAUGCAGAAAAUCAAUGGUCAUUUUUGCGCUCAUGUUAUAUUUAAUGUUCUGUGUCUGUCUCACAGCAAAACGGUGCUGGUUUGAUGCUUUUCUGUGUUGUUUCUCUUUUUUCUUUUAUCACUAAUAUCCUGUUUUUACUUCCUCCAAAUAGACAAAGAUGUUAAAAAAAAAAUAAUGAGAUGAAAAAAAAAGAGAUGAUGAUCUUUUUUGGAAAAAAUGGCUUUUUAUUUGAGUUGCAUGCUGAAAUGCAGAUAUUACUUUUGCCUGUAAAACUAUGAAUUGCACCUUAUUGGAGGGAUGUGGUUUUGUUUUUUAUGCGUAUAUAAAUAUAUAUAUAUGGGGGAUGUAUCUGUUUAUUUGUUUAUUUUUAAUUUUGUGUUGUAUCUUAAACAGGGUUAUGAUUUGGUAUGCUUAUUAAUGUCAUGUGUCAUCAUAAUUGAUUCAGUCUCUGGUGUUUGUUGUGGGACGGCUUCAUUAAGCAUCAGAAAAUAAGCCAGAGACUGGUGAACAUGCAAAAUGUCCAACAGAUUACCUAGAAUGGAUUGUGACACUGGUAAAAAAAUAAAUAAAAUUCUUUUUUUAAAAAAACUAUUUUUCCUAUAUAAAAUUUGGACUUCUGUGAGCACAGACCUCCAAAUUAAGGUUCAUAUUGGGUCACAAAUGUACAUUUUAUCCAAUUGUGAAAACCCAACACAAUGUAAUUCCAGGAAGUUUGAUGGAAAAAAAGGUAUUGACGAAACAGGUUUCCCUUGUUGGUCCAGAUAGAAACAUUCUGUAAUGAGUGUGACAUACCUGGCUAAUUGCUGCUGCUUAGUGGAGCCUUGUUUGCACACACACACACACACACACACUGGCCAGUCCUCACACAGUGACCACUAGGAGGCAUUCUGCUUGUCCUCUCACAUAUCACACAUAAACAAGCACUUCUUCAGCCUUCCGUCCAUCUUGUCCUCGAAAAAGGACAAAUGACUAACUAACAAAAGACACCAUGUUGCUUAUAUACACAUAUUUUCACACACACACACACAACAUUACGGCCUUGGCAGAUGAUUGGCACAAGGCAUGCUGCUGCCACCCGGUUUCAUGUCCCCGGGGCAGAUUGCUCUCUGCAGCCAAUUAACCAAGAGGGCCGGUCGCCAGUUCCAUAUCAAUCUAAUCCUCUCCACCCUCCCGCCACGUUGCCAGAUUUAACCCUCCACUCUUUCCACAGACUCUGUUGUGGUAAAAAAUACAGUUUACAACGUGAGAGAGAUAAUGAAAGUAGGUUAAAUGGUGUGUUUUUGUUAGAUAAAAUCAAACAAAGUGUAAGCGAGCGGGUUGCAACACUAUGUCUGUGUUUUUUUAGUUCAUCUAAAUGAAAUUUGAGGGAUAAGUAGACUGGUUAUGCCUGCUAUUAUGGUCCAUCAUUGUCUACCAAUGGAAACAUACUGUAACAUACAAAAACAUCCCUACCUUAGCUGACAAUGUUCUUAUGUAGCCUGCAAAACCACAAAGCAGUCGCUCCUUUCCAAGCAUUUCAAACAUGUUUGCAAAAGCUAUCAGAAGAGGAAAAAGCAAAGAAAUGAUUUUUAUACCUUUUUAUUUUUGACACAAUGGCUACACAUGAGCGUACCUUAUUACAUAUUGUGACAUUGUACAAUAACACAACCUGUAUCCCCUGCCUCCCUCUGUCCCCAUGCACUGAUAAGGAUUGUAUAUGGUUGCAUAGUUUAUUUUUUAUAUCAUUGUUAGGGCUUAAUUUUGUUUCCGGGGUCUUUUUUUAUUUUAUUUUUUUUGUGCUAUUAUGUUAAAAUGGUUUGAUGGGGCUCUGUAAUUGUGUGGGAGAGUGCAUAUGCACUGUAGCUUACUGAAUGUGUGUGUGAGUGAGAGAGGCAGAAGAGAAAAAAGAUUGGCUGUGUUGUCAGUGCACAUCAGCCCUUUGCCUGUGUUCAUCAUUGUGCCAGUGUGUUCAGGUGUUCCCUUGCCUCCACAUCCGUUCAUCCAAAUUGAGAGAGAGAGAGAACAGAAGAGGAGGAGGCAGAGGGCAUUUUCCCACAGGGGGAAAAAAAAACAUAAAUGAGAAAAGACACUUUUGAAAAAAGGAUAUUUUUCUCCUCUGCGGGGUCUCAAAGAAGAGUGUACAUUUCUAAGUUAAUUGAAAAUGACGAAUAAAAAAACUCAUUUGUUCUCUAUAUGAAUGGCUGUAUGUUAACCAUGAACAAAAAGUAAUGAGUUCUAUGACAAAGACGUAUAAUAAAUUAAUUUUAAAAUUUUAA